GUUUCUGAAAAUAAAUGAUAUUAUACAUAGAGCACACAAAAAUAAAAUAAAUCGUAAAUAAUAAUAAAUAAUUAAACUGUCAAAACAAACAUGUUGCAGUACACCAUAUCGUUUGGUAUAUAAUUUGUUUGUUAAUGCUGUGUUCUUCGAGUAUAGCUGUGUUGGUGGUAUCCAAUUUAUUUACAGUGGAAAAAAAAAGUUAUGUUUAACCUGGGAGUUAAAACUCUUUUAGUUUUUACUUCUAUGCUUCGUAUGUCUAUACUUAGAUUUCCGUCAUGCUUAUUUGCCUCUAGUGCUAACUAAAAUCAAGUGUUUAAUUUUUGUACUUUAACUUUAGUAGAAUUAACAGAUUUUAAUAUUUGUAGAAAUGGAGUUGGUGUGCGAAGCGACGUUUAAUUCGAUAUCAGCCAUAUUUUUCGAUUUGGACAACACUUUAAUUGAAACACGAAAAGGAGAUGAUUUAGCUUGCGAUAAGCUCGUGGGCGUCAUGACGGAGCGCUUCGGCGUUCCCCCGGACGACGCGCGGCGAGCGGUCGUCACCUUCCUCCAGGGUUUCCGCAGCUGCCCGGACGACUGCGGGGAGUCCCUGGACGGGUGGAGACGGUCGCUGUGGGCCGGCGCGCUGGGCCACAAGUACGCCAGCAUCGCCGCGGAGGUGUACCUGCACUGGCUGGACCUGAGGUACCGCUGCCUGGCGCUCCGCCCCGCGGUGGCAGCCAUGCUCUCCACGCUGCGCCACCACUACCUCCUGGCGCUCAUCACCAACGGACCCUCCAGGGCCCAGUGGGAGAAGGUGCGUCGCCUGGAGCUGGGUGACUUCUUCGAUGUGGUGCUGGUGUCGGGGGACCUGCCCUGGGAGAAGCCACAGCGAGACAUCUUUCUGGAGGCUUGUCGCUGCCUAGGCGUGCUGCCGUGCCACUGUCUCGUGGUCGGAGACAAGCUAGAGACGGACAUUCAGGGUGGUGUCAACGCGUGCCUGGGAGGCACUGUCUGGGUGCCUUCGGGAGCCGUGCCGCACAAUGCCAGCUCACUGGCAGAUGUCACUCUGGCCUGCGUCACCGACCUCGCGGUGCUCUUGCCACGGCAGCCCGAGUGUCCGUCCAUCUCGUCCAGCAGCUGAUGUCUGGGUGCCGUGCCACGCCACGCCAGCUCGCAUGCAGACGUCACUCCUGAUGCGCUUGACACGGCAGCCAGAGUGUCCGUCCAUCUCGUCCAGCAACUGAUGUCUGGGUGCCGUGCCACGCCACGCCAGCUCGCAUGCAGACGUCACUCCUGGUGCGCUGACACGGCAGCCCGAGUGUCCGUCCAUGGGUGCCGUGCCCGAGUGUCCAUGCAGCUGAUGUCUGGUCACAAUUGCCACUUGUCCCACAAUGUGAUAUUUACAGCAUGAGACAAGUUACUUUGAACGAGUCUCUUUACAGUUCCUAAGUAACUUUACUUCUUUUUUACAAUGAGGCGUUCAGUUUUGGAAAUAAGCAUUGUUUACUUAUGUUUAAGUAAUUCUGAAUGCAUGCAUAUUAAACAUACAGUAAAACCCCAGUGUUACGACCCCUCACUGUCCCCGGGAUUAGGAUUGUAACAGAAUGGGAUGUCGUAAUAAACAUUUCCUUCAGGCAGACCCACCCCAAUUUAUAUUAAAAUAUUCCAUGUUUGAUUUAAAGUCCAUAUUGGCUUGAAGAUAGCCGACCGUCAGCAAACUGAUGAAAACUCUAUACUUGUCCGCAAACAGGGCACAACACUGGUCGGCCGGAGAUUAUUUUUGUUUAAAACGUGACUAAGGAAUUUUUAGAGAUGAGGUGGAAAACAGCCUAUAAACAUAAUAUAUAAGGAUUCAGUUAUCCUGAAAUGCUAUGACAUGUUUUUCAAAUAGACAUACACAGCGAUGGACCAUAUGCACUCUGCCCCAUCAACCUUUGUUUUAACUGCCGCCAAUGAUGUUUAUUUUGACAGCUUGUGCAACUGUCUUCCCAUGGGUUGACAAAGUAAGGUCGCUUCACAGCGUCUACUCUUCUGCCCCAAGCAGGGAACAACACUUCCCGACAAUCCACGGUAGGUUGUCCAACAUGCUAUUCUAGGGUAUAUUUCCUUUUCGGAAGAUAUCUUUUGUUAAAAUAUAUUUAUAUUUGAGUUUGAAAAUUUGUCAAUUUCCUGCUAGAAAUAUCUCUCUCUCUCUCUCUCUCUCUCUCUCUCUCUCUCUCUCUCCCUCUCCCCCCCCCCCCCCCAACCCAAAGUUUUGAACCUAUUCUCGAAAACUGUGAGGGGCCGUAACAGUGGGGUUUUUACUGUAAAACUUUUGGCAUAGUUGUGUGUAUUGUACAUAAUUAUUGGGAAAAAAAAAAAAAUUGUUUGCUCUAUUGUUACCUUGUUUUGAGGCAGUCGGUAGGCAGCAACAGACGAACCACGAAGAUGCUGUGAGCGUGUUAGGUGAACCAAUCUGUGAAGAUAAAGGGCUUGGAACCAUCAUGCCUUGUUCAAAGUCACUUGUGUAGCGAUUGAAGUGUGGUGCUUUAUUUGACUGAGCUAAUGCUAACAACCAUGCACAUUAACAGAGCCCUGCCGCUGCGUUACAUGGCUGCUACGUUUGGUAAUGACUGACGAUGUACAAUUUGUAUUUCUCCCAUCCCUCAUUUUGUGAUUGAUGUGAUCUGAUUAUUUAUAUUACUUGGUGUUUCAAAUCGUUGACUAAUGAAGUUUUAAUUAAUGGUUUUGUAUUAAUUUUUUUAUUGUGUGGUACCAAACUAUUGGUACUAGUGUAUUAAUAACUAAUGUGGCAUCUGUAAUUAUGUGCAGCUGAGAUUUCUGUCAAGAAGUUUAUAUAACUAUUUUCUAGUAUGAGUAGUACAAGUUACAAUAAAAUAUUGUGAAAUGACAUGUUUUGAAUUAAUAUUUUAAUAAAAUUGGUAAACUAU